UGACUGUGAGGCGGUGGUGAUACAGACACUCCCAUUGCUAUCUCGCUCCUCCUUUGUUUCUACAAUUCUCUACAAAUAGAGCCUCACAGCUGAAGGUUAAGAUUCUCCCACCACGCCCACAAUCUUUUCCUUCUUCCUUCUCUCCCUCUCCUUUUCUCUCACACUGAUCCUUUGCCAUUUGCAGAGUGUCUGUGUGAGAGAAUUAAACACCAUUCUCUGCUCUCUCUCUCUCUCUCUCUCUCUCUGACAUUUUUGAUUUAUCAAAGAUAAAGGCCCUGCCUUUCUAUCCUUCUUCUCUCUUGGAUUGGAACCACCAUCUCUAAACAAUCUUAAUUCACCAAAUUUGACACACACAAAAGUCCUAAUGGGUACUCAAUUUUGGUAUUGCAUCACCCUCCUCCUUCUCAUCAUUGCCAAAGGGGUCACAGGGGCAACAUUCACAUUCACAAACAAGUGUGACUUCACAGUAUGGCCAGGAAUUCUAGCCAGCGCCGGCAGCCCCAAGCUGGACAGCACAGGCUUCGAGCUCGCCAAAGGCAGCUCCCGCUCCUUCCAAGCCCCGACAGGCUGGUCCGGCCGCUUCUGGGGCCGAACCGGCUGCAACUUCGACGGUUCGGGCCACGGCUCAUGUUCGACCGGCGACUGCGGUUCGGGCCAGCUUGAGUGCAACGGCGCCGGAGCUGCACCGCCAGCCACUCUAGCCGAGUUCACACUCGGCUCGGGCUCUCCAGACUUCUAUGACGUCAGCCUGGUUGACGGUUAUAACUUACCUAUGAUCGUUGAAGGGAGCGGGGGAUCAGGUACGUGCGCGUCCACGGGCUGCGCUACGGACCUCAACCGUCGGUGCCCCGCCGAGCUCAAAGUAGACGGCGGCGGCGCCUGCAAGAGCGCAUGCGACGCGUUUGGGACUCCGGAGUAUUGUUGCAACGGCGAGUAUGGGUCACCGUCCACGUGUAAGCCGUCCAUGUACUCGCAGCUGUUUAAGUCCGCGUGCCCCAAAUCGUACAGCUACGCUUACGACGAUGCAUCCAGUACGUUUACGUGUACGGGUGCUGACUAUACGAUCACAUUUUGCGCUUCUCUUCUUCCAAGUGUAAAAUCCGCAACAGAUUCCUCUUCACAAACAACCGAUGGUUCAGGGUCAGAUUCCGGGUCGGACUUACUGGCCUCAUCAUUGCUUGCAGAUUUGGCCGCAGGGGAUUCAACAAGAGCCCAACCUUCCAUGGCUCUCCGAAGCAUGUUGGUUUUGGUCAUCUCCUUGGCCCUCUCAUUUUCACAGUUAUAGUAGCAGACAGGCAGCCACUCAUGUCCCAAAGGAGUAUGAGUCCACUAAUUGGCAUCCUUGAUCUUGGGAGUCCCUAUAAAAAGCAGCAACAGCAACACCCACUUCCAAAUCCCCCCAUUUUGAGCGUUCAAUACUUACACAUAUAUUAAUGCAUAAAGCAUAAGCAUUUGUUUAGAAAUAAAAAUGUGCUUUUUUGCCCCUUGUUA